CCAUCCGCUGUUAUUACGGAAAAUAUGGCGGCGAAGGCAGAGCGCGGAGUCCCGCUCAGUACGCUCUGUCCCAAGUUUCUUCACACCAAUUCCACCAGCCACACCUGGCCCUUCAGUGCCAUCGCCGAGCUUAUAGACAAUGCCUACGAUCCAGAUGUUAAUGCCAAGAACUUCUGGAUUGAUAAAACUGUGGUUCAAGAACAAGACUGCCUCAGCUUUAUGGAUAGUGGAAAUGGACUGGACCUUGAAACCAUGCACAAGAUGCUCAGCUUUGGUUAUAGUGACAAGACUGCGAUAAAAGGUGUGAAGCCGAUUGGUAUGUAUGGAAACGGGUUCAAGUCUGGAGCCAUGCGUCUCGGCAAAGACGCCAUCGUCUUCUCCAAAUCGAAGACCACCUCCUGCGUCGGGAUGCUCUCUCAGUCCUACCUGAAAGAGAUCGACGCCAAGCAAAUCGUUGUUCCUAUUGUCUGCUUUGAACAGAGUCAGACGAGCAAGUUCAGUGUCAGAGAGAAGCAGCAGGCCAGCCUGAAGGACAUCCUGACGUACUCCCCCUUCAGGACUCAGGAAGAGCUGCUGAAAGAGAUCAAAACCAUCAGUUCCUCUUUUCCUGACAGUAAAACGGGCACACGGAUCAUCAUCUGGAAUCUCCGCAGGACGCCUACGAGAACAACAGAGUUUGAUUUUUUGACGGAUCGUUACGAUAUCCGAAUUCCAUCCGAUGUCUACGAGGAGAUGAGUGAAAGUGAUCAUCAGCCCGGCCGGGUCCCGUCACACAUCCCUGAGAGCUGCUAUUCGCUUCGGGCAUAUUGCAGUAUUCUCUACCUGAAGCCUCGGAUGCAGAUCAUCAUACGUGGUCAAAAGGUGAAAUCUCAGCUUGUUGCAAAGAGUCUGGCCUGGGUCAGAAAGGACGUCUACAAACCGACUUUCCUGAACAACAAACCCAUUCGUAUCACUUUUGGAUACAACACCAAAAGUAAAGACCAGUAUGGUGUCAUGAUGUAUCACAAGAACCGGCUCAUCAAAGCGUACGAGCGUGUGGGCUGCCAGAUAAAGGCCAACAACAAAGGUGUUGGAGUCAUCGGGGUCAUAGAGUGUGGUCAAUUUCUGGAACCUACCCACAACAAACAGAGCUUCAAUGAGACAGAUCAGUACAGGAAAACUAUGACAAAUUUGGGGAUCAAACUGGAGGAGUACUGGAAAGAAAUCCGCUACAGGAGACAAACUGAGGAUCCAAAUAACAACAUACCCUUAGAAGAUGCAACGAAGCGACCGGAUCAAAACUGGGCGCAGUGUGAUACGUGUUUGAACUGGCGCAAACUACCUGAUGGGAUUGAAGUCAGCAAACUACCAGAGAAAUGGUUCUGCCAUUUAAACCCUGAUCCUGCGUUCAGGAGCUGCGAAAAGGCAGAGGAGCGCGAGGACUCUGAUGAUGAUCAACCUGCAUACCACAAGACUUAUAAACAACAAGAGAAAGUUCUCAAACAGAGGGAAGAGAGAGAAGAGAGGAGAAGAAGAAUGGAGAAGGUGCAGCUAGAGCGUCAGUGUUUGGCUGAACUGGCCAAGCAGAACCAGGCUCUCAAACGACAGAGUGAAGACCUGCAGAGGGAGCUACAGCUCAGAAACACAACUGCAAAUUCACCAUCUAAUAACACCAACACAAGGAAGAGGGUAAACAUGGAUUCACCUCGAGGAGGUGCAGCAACUGCUAAAUCCAUUCUUCUGACUGUCUCACAAGCUGCUUGCAGCUCGCCCGGUCUUCCAGUUAUUUCUAGCGUAUGUUCACUGUCACCUGACCUCCUGAGUAAAAAAAGAACACAGCCUGCUCCUCCACCAACGACGCCCAAAAGACCUAGAGUCAACGGCUUCCACACGGGCACCUCCAAUACGGCCACAUCCGGAGACGUGGGUCCACAAAGUUCCCCAUCUGUGUCCCUAAACGGUGACGACAAUGAAGACGGCAAUGAAACCGACGAUGACCUCUUCAUCUUGGAGACUUCCAGUACCCCAAAGCCAAAAAAGUCCAACUUUGAUUUGACGAAAGUGAAGACAGAGAAGGUGCAAAGUGACGCGAACGUCGGCAUGCUUUUGGAGUGCAGCGAUGAUGCUGUGAUGGAGACCAAUGACGCAGAAACGAGCUGUGCAGCGUCGAAAGCCGUCGGAGUUCCUGAACCUUUUGCCAGCAGCACAACUCAGACAGAGGUAUUCAAACUGAAGAAGGAGGAAGAGUCUCAAAGUCAAACUGAAGGGGAAGAGAGGGCGGCGCAGAGGACGGCAGAUUUAAAGGAAAAAGAAAAGAAGUGUGAGGAUGUAGACGUCGAUGUCUGCGAUACAAAGACACACUGUAUGGACAGUGAAGAAGCUGGACCUUCUUGUUCGGGGGCCCAGGACAAAGAUCACGCCCCGGCUAUGUAUCCGAGUAUAGUUGAGGUACAGGAACAGCAAGACCAGCUCCUGGGACUCAUGCAGUCUACAGCUGAGGAGAGGGACAAGUUCAAAGAUGAGGUCCACCAGCUGACCUGCCAGCUGCACGACAUGCAGAGCAGACUGCAGGAGCUCACUCAGAUCAAGAAGGAGUGUUCUCACCAGGCGAGCCAGACGGAGGACUUGGGCGAGGAGGGCUGCUAUAAGAGUCUGUUUGAGAAGGCCAAACAGAAAGUCGAUGAAUUGAUUAAAGACAAACCCGCUGAGAGCAAACCCAGCACCGCCAAAGUUGAAGAGAACGACAUGGAUGAAAUAGUGCUGCAGGUUGACAGUCUGCUCCGGGAACUGGAUCAGAGAAACAAGGAGAGGGAUGAACUACACUCGCAGGUGAAUCAUCUUGAGGAGGAAAGAGCAAUCAUGGCAUCUGAGUGUGAAGAGCUCCGGUUGAGCCUGCAGCAACAGAAGGAAGACGUUCAAGACAGACGCGUAUCUCCUCAGGGGACCAAUAACUCUUCUGUGAGGACACAUGCAGAGGACAACGGAGGAACAGAUUCAGGAUCAGAUGCAUCAAAAAGUUUGCUUGAACUUCGACACAACAUCGGGCGCAUUCUUAUCUCCUACGUGCCUGAUCUGGACCUGGGACAAGUGAAUUUUGAGUGUAAUGUCAUUGACGAGCUCUUGGAACAGGUGCUCUGUAAUAUGGAUUCCAUCGAGCGAGUGGGGCUGACCUACAGAUCCAGAUCAAUAAAUAAAACGUCAUAAGUUUUAAGGUCAUCAGGGGAAACAUCGAUAUUCUCCAACACCAUCAGAAUUCAAAUAACAGUUUUACUAUGAUUGUGUGAAAUUCAGUCAUAUUUAUUUGAAAUUAACAACAUGUUAAUAGUUUUUAUAUUUCUACACCUGUAAUUCAAUAUUUGCUACUUUUUUUCCUAAACUAAACAGGCAGGCAUCAUCAAUAAUUGAAUCAGACUAUGUACAUGAAUGUUUUUUUGUCAGUUUACUUCUCUCUUUAGGUUUCUGGUUUCCUUGCAUCUGUCAACUUAUGGAUAUUUGUGAAUCAGAUCAUGUUGACUCACUUAUGAACUUUGCGAAGGUUUCACAAACAAUUUUGCAUCUAGUUCUGUUAAUUUUUUUUUUUCUUUUUUUUUUUUUUUUACAAUGACAGCUGACUGUUUCUUUGGUUUGUUUUGCAGUAUGUUUUCUAUACCAACUAUUUUUGUAUAUUUACAGUAUAUAUCUCUGCUAUUGUAAUUAAGUGAUCUAUGGUAAGUUAUAGUUGUGCACCUUUGACAGCGCACACCUGGAAGCUGCAGCUGGCAGCUUAAUGUAUGUCUCUGGGUGAUACAAAAUAAACCUUAAAGCGUG